CUGGAUUUAUUGCCGGCUUUACAGGAUGACAGGUUUACCUUGUUCCACAGAGAUAAAGAUUUGUGAUGUCAUGUAAAGGGUGUACAGCAAAGAUUUAUAUUGCAUAAGUGUGAUGAGUAAAGUAUGAGAAGAAGAUGCAUGUGGUGACAUAGCAAUUCAGUAAUGGAUUUGUAAAGGCUGAUCACCAUGUAGAGUUAUAGAUGGAUGUGCAUCUACAGAAGGCUUGUGUUUUUUAGUGAUAUUUACAUACUGAUAGAUUUGAAUACAUGAUUAUGAACCGGAUUUCCCGAUUCCUGCUUCUGUUCUUCAUUGGCUGCAUAGGACAAGUAGGUUCUGUAGUCCUGGCAAGUUUCCCUUUGACAGCAACAGACGGGGAACUCUUCACACUGAUCUGCAGGAAUAUCACCACGGGGAAACAAGAUAUUGAGUGGGAAAGAGAUGGUGAGAUCGUCUUCACCACUGCACAGGGUUACGCCAGGCCCAGUGCAUUCAACAAAAACCUCUCUUCAAAACGAGUCAAUGCAAGCUGUGAUAGCACACACCACAAUGUGACUCUCAGGAUAAACUCUACCUUAGACAAUGGAUCUAUGUGGCAGUGUACGGAUAAAGUACACAGCCAGAAGAGUAAUAAUAUGACGAUAAAUGUCACGCAACUUCAAACAACAUUAGCUUCAACAUCAACACGUUCGACUUCAUUCCCAACCACGGGAACCAUAGAAAUAUCAUCGUCCGGGACAACAGAUGUCACGCAACUUCAAACAACAUUUGCUGCAACAUCAACACGUUCGACUUCAUUCCCAACCACGGGAACCAUAGAAAUAUCAUCGUCCGGGACAACAGGCCAGGACAACACUAUUGGCAUCGCAGCUGGAGCAGUUGGUGGAGGUGUUGCUGUUAUCGCCGUUGUCAUUACCGUCGCUGUUUGUAUCAGAAAACGACGUCGCUCUGUCGAAGACGAUGUGAGGGAUGAAAGACGGCGUGAUAAAGUUCCUUCAGGAAGGGCUGCGGUGCUGUCUGAAAGUGGAGUUUCCGAAGUGGAAGAAAUAGUCAUGCAGGACAACCUAUUAUACACAAGUUCGUUGGAUGUAGCGCCGGUUGAUUACAAGAUACAAGAUCACAACCCCGUCGUUAAAGAUGUUUACGCCCAGGUGAAGAAGGUGAAGGCGCCUGCAGGCCAACAUACUGUCACUGAUGUGUACGCCACACCAAACAAAAAAGGAAAGGAAACAUUUGAUACAGAUGGGUAUACCAAGGUGAACAAAGUGAAGAAACCCGCAUCAGAUAACCCUCAGGACACAAGUGAGAAUAUUGAGGACAUGUACUCCAAACCCCAGAAGAACAAACAGAAUCAACAAAGAUGACUGAUUAGCUGAAGAUUGUAUCUAAGAUGUGCUGGUGAUGUUUCUCCAUGGUUCUGCUCUUGAUCAAUGAUGUCAUCUAUAAAACUUUGAGAGCGAUCCGGGGCCGUCGGGUUAAAACUGGUUAAAACGUUCGCUCGUCAUGGCGUAGACUCGAUUCCCCACAUGGGUAGGAUGUGUGAAGCCUAUUAUUGGUGUCGCCCACUGUGAUAUUGAUUGAAUAUUUCUUGAAGCUGCGUAAAUCCAUACUCAUGCACUACACAACGAUGCAGCCAUGAUGCCAUCGUUAUAAUUUUCACGAUAAUGCUAUCUAUACAUGUUCCAUAAGGAUGCAAUCUAUAGAACAUCAACAAUGAUGUCAUCCAUAUACAUUUUACCAUAAGGUUAUCUAUAUAACUCCACCCAAGGUGCAUCUAAAUUAUUAACAUCAACAACGCUGCCAUCCAUAUCUUCCACUAUAAAGUUUUCUAUAUAACUUCCACCAUGAGGCUCUCUAUAUGAAUCCCACCACAAGACCAUAUAUUUCUUCCACAAACAUGCCAUCUAUAUAACUUCCACCAGAAGGCCAUCGAUAUAACUUCCACCAGAAGGCCAUCGAUAUAACUUCCACCAGAAGGCCAUCUAUAUAACUUCCACCAUAAGGCCAUAGAUAUAACUUCCACCAGAAGGCCAUCUAUAUAACUUCCACCAUAAGGCCAUCUAUAUAACUUCUACCAUCAGGUCACUACACAACUUUCACCACAAGGUCAUCUACAUAACUUCCACCAUAAGGCUAUCUAUAUAACUUCAACCAUAAGGCCAUCUAUAUAACUUCCACCACAAGGCCAUCGACGUAACUUCCACCAUAAGCCCAUCUAUAUAACUUCCAUCGUAUGGCCUUCGAUGUAACUUCCACAUAAGGCAAUCUAUAUAACUUCCACCAUAAGGCCAUCCAUGUAACUUCCACCAUAAGGCCACGAGCACGGAUAGGGUGUUGACAAGCCAUGCUUUAUUUCUAACCAUUCUUGACCACUUAUAUCUUCUCUUUAUGACCAUGAUUGUGCCUUUCACGCCCAAUGUAACCUAUCUGGGCAGAUAGUUGAGACUGAUUAGUCUUUUGCAGUAAAUGCACUCUCUCAGUGCCAAUCAGCUUUUUGUUAUGAAUGUUACAUAAUUAUUCACAUGUAAAAAUACUUUUUUACCAUAAGGUUAUCUAUAUAACUCCACCCAAGGUGCAUCUAAAUUAUUAACAUCAACAACG